AUGAGGGAAUACAAGGUAGUGGUGUUAGGGAGUAGAGGGGUUGGCAAAUCUGCACUUACUGUGCAGUUUGUCACUGGGACUUUCAUUGAAAAAUAUGACCCCACCAUUGAAGAUUUUUACCACAAGGAGAUCGAAGUGGACUCUCUCCCCUCCAUGCUGGAAAUUCUGGACACCGCAGGAACUGAGCAGUUUGCCUCCAUGAGAGAUCUCUACAUCAAAAACAGCCAAAGAUUCAUCCUCAUUUAUAGUCUGGUUAACCAACACUCUUUUCAGGAUAUCAAGCCAAUGAGAGAUCAGAUUGUCAGAGUGAAGAGAUAUGAAAAAGUCCCACUAAUCUUAGUAGGAAAUAAAGUGGAUCUGGAACCAGAAAGAGAGGUUAUGUCUUCAGAAGGCAGAGCUCUCGCUCAAGAAUGGGGCUGUCCUUUCAUGGAGACAUCGGCAAAAAGUAAAUCAAUGGUGGAUGAACUUUUUGCUGAGACCGUCAGGCAAAUGAACUAUUCAUCCCUGCCCGAGAAGCAAGAUCAGUGUUGUAUAACUUGUGUUGUCCAGUAAAAAAGAUAACCUCAAUCAUGGCCAUACCGAGCAGAUAAAACUCAGAGGAAAUUUGCACAGAUGCUGCUUUGGAGAACUUUACAACCUGGGUUGCAGAACUGAGCCUUGGUAAACCUGUCUCUAUUACAGCAUGUUGCCAUACAUCUAAUUAAGUGCAUAAGGUCUUUGGCCUUC